AUGACCCCCGACGACGACGAAGAUUAUUUCGUUUCUCCCGAAGACCAGCGCGUCUUCGGCGCUGGAAUCAGUCGGAAACGCGUCCAAUUUGUUCGCUCCUCCGACCACGAACUCAACACCACCACAGGCACCUCUUCCGCUCCUACUCCCUCAACACCGUCUGGUUCAACCAUCGCCAAUAAAUACCUCUCGAUCGUGCUACCCAAGAGCGACCAGGGACCAAACACCUUCGAUAUCCCACAGGAUCGCGAUCGUGAACGUGACCGUGAACGUGACCGCGCUGAAGCGGAGAUCGAAGUCACGGCCGAGGUCCAAUCCGCUCCAUCCUCACCGUCUGGGUCUCGUCGCCCCCUGCGCUGUCAAGUCUGUCAUCUCCCUCUGCGUGGAACAGGGACAGGGACCUUGAAUGAAUCAUCUACGACGCAGGACCGUGACCGUCUCCAUGAAGCUUCUCUCGCGCACCAAGUCUGCCUGACUCACUCCCAUCCUCCGUCGCAUCUGGACCGUACCCGUCACGGCCUGCGGUACCUCUCCGCCUAUGGCUGGGAUCCAGAUAGUAGAUUGGGUUUGGGUGCGCCAGGACGGGAAGGGAUCCGAGAACCGCUGAAAGGAAGGCUAAAGGUCGAUACGGUGGGUUUAGGUGCUGAUAUUGAUCGUGAGUAUGGAGACGGUAGAAAGCUGAAGCAGGUGGCUCGGCCGGCUAAGAUCCAGAAAUUGGAUGCGAAACAGGUGCGUAAGGGGCACGCGGAGAUGAGGAAGAGAGGGGAUAGGUUGCGGGAGAUGUUUUAUCAGAAUGAUGAUGUGCAGAGGUAUCUUGCUGGAGAGGGUUAG